AUGUACCGUCCAAUUACAGCAAAAGUUUUUCGACUAUUGACAUCACCAGAGCCCGUGCUCUUCAAUUCCCGCCAAAUUUCUUCUUGGCUUCUCUCAGCUGGAAAGAUGAGUAGUGGAAAAGACAGCACAAGUGAAGAUUCAAGCCCCAGUGCUGUGAAAAGGGGGGCUGGCAUCAGGUCGAGGCCUUCGCCUGAUCAUAUUGAUCGGAGGGAAUGUAAAUGUGCCCCGGAAACUAGUAACAAUAGUUUAGGUUUUAAUCGUGGAAGUUUCGGUAAAAGGAGAAGUAGAAUUGAUCUUAGAUCAGAGCAGAGGACCGGGGAUAGUAACUCAUCAAAAUGCCAGAAGAACAUCCGUGCUCGCGUUGAAAGAUCUAAAUCUGGCCAGAGCUAUUGUAAGCAUGCCGCAAGUGCCAAUCAUGUUAAGGCAUUUGAUAUCUGCCUUCCUAGCAGUAGUGAUUCUGCUGGUUUAAAAUCCUUGCUUGAAAUGGAGGAAUUCCAGGAGAAUGUUGAGGACCCCAUUGAAGAGACUAGACAAGGAGUGUUGCAGCCUGGGAUGGUUCUCCUAAAACAUUAUAUCUCCCUCAAUGAUCAGAUUGAAAUAGUGAAGAGCUGUCGAGAACUUGGUCUGGGCCCAGGGGGUUUUUAUACUCCUGGUUACAAAUAUGGAGCAAAGCUUCGUCUGCAGAUGAUGUGUCUUGGUCUCAACUGGGAUCCUGAGACGAGAAAAUAUGAAGAUCGACGCCCAAUUGAUGGUUGUAAGCCUCCUUCUAUUCCCCAUGAAUUUAAUCAGUUGGUUGAAACAGCAAUUCAAGAUGCACAUGCUCUCAUCAGAAAGGACAUCCCAUUAAGCAAUGUGGAAGACAUGCUUCCUGCAAUGUCUCCAGACAUAUGCAUUGUGAACUUCUACACAACCAGCGGGCGACUUGGGCUCCAUCAGGACCGUGAUGAAAGCAGAGAUAGUCUUGACAAAGGACUGCCUGUUGUCUCCUUUUCUGUGGGCGAUUCUGCAGAAUUUCUCUAUGGGAAUCAGAGGGAUGUGAACAAGGCAGAUAACAUUGUACUGGAAUCAGGAGAUGUAUUGAUAUUUGGUGGCAAGUCCAGGCAUGUAUUUCAUGGUGUAACCUCCAUAAUCCCAAAUUCUGCACCCAAGGCUUUAAUUGAAGAAACCGGGCUUUGUCCUGGCCGUCUCAAUCUAACAUUCAGACGGUAUUGA